AUGGCUCCUACCGGCGCGAGCUCCAUUUCGGAGCUCUACAAAUCCUACAAGAAGUUGACGAACUGCUUUUUGAGCUGGCUCUGGUGCCAGCAUCGACUCAAAGCACCCAGCGACUCCAGCCUAAAUUUCAGAUCCACCGCCGACAUCUUGAGAACAGCGAAGGUCUUACAGAAGGCCAAAUCCACCGUUCCGACCUCCGUGAUCGGCUUCCUCCGAAGUGCCAUAGAAAAGCGGAAGCUUGUGGCCAAUAUUUACCGGCAAUUUGGCGCCGGUCAUGAUGGACAUGACGCAUUCAACGACAGGCUUGAGGAAGUUCUUUCCAUGCUCACUCCUCUGGUAGGGGAAUUGGGCGCUCCUCUGGGGGACAAACCUGACCUUCAAGAUUCGACGGCAAACACCUUGUUCUCUCGCCUCCCGACGGUCGAGUCUGAGCCCGAGAACCAGAAAACCCCCGUUGAAGCCGGUCAUAAACAUUGUGGCUCGCCUAUGUCUUCUUCUCAUACCACGAGCACAACAAAUGAAUCCGACAUGCCCUCGGACUUUUGCUUGGAAGACGACAAAAUCCGCGAGCUGUUCGAUGCUGCCUAUUUUCUAAUGGAGCUGGAAAAUGUGCACAAUGUGAUCAAAAAAUGCUGGGCAGAUGCUUCUCACGGCAGCGUCCCCUUGCCUUUGGCGGCUUGGAUGAACAACUUUGCGGUGUACUCUAUCGCCAGAGAGAUACCGCCGAAGUUCGUUUACGUUUGCUCCAACUUGGCUAUGAACCCCGAGAUGACCUGCAAAUUCUUUUCUAAGCUCUCCAACAAGGUCGAUCCGAGAACACUGCUUUCACAUGCGCGUCGUUUCUUCAUGCUCGCUCAGGCCAUCAACGACUACGGCAGAACGCUCAUUGGCAAACCGAUGCUCAACAUUCAAGGAGUGGGGGUCGUAUGCAACAUACCUGAGUGUCAAUGCAAGUUCAGUCUCCCAAAAGGCCUUGUACCUAGGGGUGAUCUCAAGGGAGACGAGAUCUCCGAGUCAGACAAGGCGACUGUUCUCUCUGUUUUCGAGACCAUGCGCGACGACCUCACCAACACACGGGCAAUCGGUAUGCUGGAAGCCACGAAACCCUUGACGUGUGGGUGCUUUACCCCAGUCUGCGAUUCCUUCCUCUUCGGUGCCAGAAACUUUUUCUCGCAAACUGAGCCCAUCGCAUCGUCUAGGCUUGUCGCGGCCUUGAAUCUGUUCCUUGUGACAGAACAGUCGGCCACCACUACUUCGGGUGCGAAGAUAACACGGCCUCAUUCUCGCUUCAGGGCCAUUCGUCUGGCCAUUGACUUCCGAACCAGUCUCUUACCAGUCAUGAAAUCCCUUAAUGCGAUGGGCCCGAACUGCAGGAGAGCUAAAUACUGGCAUGAACAGCUCCAAAAAGUCCGUGAUGGGCUUGAAGCUUAUGCCUCAGAGAAGAUGUUCGACACCUAUCAUACGUCGCCAUGGAUUGUCGGCAGCCACAUGACGGAAAUUCUGACCGCCGCUUUCGCUUUUGGUUAUCUCGUCAACUCUGAAUGGGCGGUCAUUUCAUCGGCCCUGCACCUCUACAACGCUAUGCGCCAUGGCGUUACCAGCACCCCGAGAAUACCCGUUUUCGACGACCUCUCUCAGGUGCUCAUCCAAUCCAUCUUCGGGGCGAAAUUGCCAGAGAGAAACUUCUGCUCCACCUUCCGUCGCAUUGUAUAUCACAGCAAAAUGGAAAAGACCGCAAAUGCCGAUGGCAAGCUUUACCGUUUGCAAGCUGGAUUGAUGAACCGGCCGGAGACCAUGGACAUUGACUCUGGCUUUAUUGACCAGCACUUUUCGAAUCAUGAAAGUGGCCCAUUGUUCCAGGGACAAGUUCUGGGCAUUCCUUGCCAGCCAGAAUUAGGCCAAAAGUCUUACAACAAGAUCGAAGAAGCUCGGUCUAAGCUCACACUCUCAGAAUACAUGGAGAAAGCCAAGAGGACAGCCCUUAUGGAUAUUGAGGGACCACAUCCCAUCGCCCGCGUCAACUUCUUCGCUGUUUUCACCUUGUGCAGCAAGUUUCUGACCAAAUUCGGUAGUCUCGAGAAAUCAUUCGUUCCCAUGGACAAAUUUGAGUCGCUUUUUGCCGACCAGACGCUCAGAAACGAUAUUGUUAUUGGCCGCUGCCAUGCAGAGUUGUUGAUGGAGUCCAUCGACGACUUCUCGAACAGCAAACAGGGCAGACGUCAUUUGGAACGGAUGCGUUCGCCUCGUAACGCUGUCCAGGCGUUCGAAGAGAUCGAUCCGGAGACGACCCUGGCGCAAUGCAUGUGGAAUCUCUGA